AUGACAGCGUCGUGCGAUUUCCUGCUAUGCUUCUCACUUGACCAGGUCCCUCCUCCGAGACCGGCUAUGCUUGUCAUCUUCUCUACCCCAGCAGGAAUAUGUGUUUACCGGGUUCGCCAUGGACGAUCUGUAAACCUCAUCAACGUCCCUCCCUCUCGCCUCGCGAGUAGUCAAGUACAUUUUGCAUCACGGACUAUCACGGAAUUCGAAGUUGAGUUGGGGGAGGGCGGUGGCCUUUGUGCGCUGAAUAGUGCCCAAAGGUUAAAAGUUGGAUUUGCGAGCUGCUUUGCAUGUGGGGCAAAUGCGCAACUAUGCCGUGCUCAUCCCUGGCUCGGUUGA